AUGGCACCCAUCGCGCUCGACCCCCCCGCCGCGGCGUCGACCCAGCCCGCGUCGCGCUACAACGCGCCGGCUUCGCACGGCAACGCGGCGGCGAUCCCGAUCGUCGACCCGACCGCCGCGCGCCGCCCCGUCGAAGGCGUCCAAGUCGAGUCCGAGAACCUCACCUACACCGAUGAGGCGCUCAUCGCAAAGUACUUGUUCCACUCCUCCGUCGUCAAGAAGGUCGGCGAGCGUUACCAAGUCAAGCCCGUCGUCAAGGAGCUCGAGCUCAAGACGUUGCGCAAGGUCCCCAAGACAGGUCUCAUGCUCGUCGGCUGGGGCGGCAACAACGGCACGACGCUUUCCGCGACCUUGCUCGCCAACAAGAACAACAUCUCGUGGAACACGCGUGAUGGCACCCAGUCGCCCAACUACCUCGGCUCGCUCGUCCGUGCCUCGACCGUGCGCCUCGGUGAGGACGAGAACGGCCGCGACGUCUUCGUCCCCUUCUCGGACGUCCUGCCCAUGGUCCACCCCAACGAUCUAGUUGUUACCGGCUGGGACAUCUCAGCGAUGCCGCUCGACCGCGCCAUGCGUCGCGCCAAGGUCAUGGACUACGACCUCCAGCGCCAGCUCGCGCCCAUGAUGGCCGAGCUCAAGCCGAUGCCGUCGAUCUACUACCCAACCUUUAUCAACGCGAACCAAGAAGAACGUGCCGACAACGUCUUGCCCGGCAACAACAAGGCCGAGCACCUCGCCAAGAUCCGCAGCGACAUCCGCAACUUCAAGGCCAACAACAACCUUGACACCGUCAUCGUGCUCUGGACCGCCAACACGGAGCGCUACUCGGAGUUGAUCCCCGGCAUCAACGACACCAAGGAGAACCUCCUCAAGGCGGUCGAUGCCUCGCACCCCGAGGUCUCGCCCUCGACCAUCUUUGCGAUGGCUUCUAUCCUUGAAGGCUGCCCCUACAUCAACGGUGCUCCCCAGAACACCUUCGUCCCCGGUUGCAUCGAGCUCGCCGAGCACCACAACACCCUCAUCGGUGGUGACGACUUCAAGUCCGGCCAGACCAAGGUCAAGUCCGUCUUGGCCGAGUUCUUGGUCAACGCCGGUAUCAAGCCCUUGUCGAUCGCGUCGUACAACCACUUGGGCAACAACGACGGCCGCAACUUGUCCGCGCCCGAGCAGUUCCGCUCCAAGGAGAUCUCCAAGUCGUCCGUGGUUGAUGACAUGGUCGAGGCAAACCACCUCUUGUACAAGCCUCUCCUCGAGGACCCUAAGGGCGAGAAGGAGGUCGCCAAGGGUGACAAGGUUCGCAAGACCGAGCACCCCGAUCACUGCAUCGUCAUCAAGUACCUGCCCGCCGUCGGUGACGACAAGCGCGCGCUCGACGAGUACAACUCGGAGAUCAUGAUGGGUGGCCGCAAUACGCUCAACAUCUUCAACGAGUGCCAGGAUUCGCUCCUCGCGACCCCCUUGAUCAUCGACUUGGCCUUGCUCGCCGAGUUGUUGACCCGUGUCACCUACCGUCAGGCCGGUCAGGGCGAGUUCGAGUCGAUGUACCAAGUCGCGUCGCUCUUGUCCUUCAUGCUCAAGGCUCCCCUCGUCAAGCCCGGCAAGCAAGUGAUCAACUCAUUCUCCCGUCAACGCAACGCGCUCGAGGCCUUCUUGCGCGCUUGCUUGUCGCUCCAGCCCACGUCGGACUUGAUCAACUUUACCAACAUGGCCUAA